CCUCCCCUUUAACUUCUCUCAUUCAUUCAUUCAUAAUUAUUAUUAUUACUACUACAACACCCUCUCUCUUUUUCUCACAUAUAAAAACUCAUAUUACAUUUAUUUAUUUAUACAUACUCCAUGGAAGAGGAAACCAUGGAAACUACAAUACCGGCAUUUCUCACUCAAAACAUGAACUCCUCUUCUAGUUCUUGUACUAGUGCUACAACUACAACUACAACUACUACCACUUCUCAGGAAGUUCAAAAGUCUCUGCAUGUUUUACGGCGAAGCCGAAGACGGUGCAUGGAGGGUGGUAAGGAAGUUUCUGUUGAGGAGAAAGAUGAAGAUGAAGAUGAAGGAAGUGAUGAUAGGGAAGAGAUAGAGAGAAAGAUUAAUGCAUUGCAGAGGAUUGUACCUAACGGUGAGUCUUACGGUGUGGACAAGCUUUUUGAUGAAACUGCUGGAUAUAUUGUUGCUUUACAGUAUCAAGUCAAAGCUUUGAAGGCUCUUACUGGUUUCUUUCAAAAGAUGGAGAAAGACAAGACUAAACUUGGUGGUUAAUUCAUUCUUAGGAUUCCUCAACAAUGAAUCUAUCACAUGAAAAUGGAGUUUCUUAGGUUAGAGAAGGUUCUUAAUUUUGGUUUUUUUCUUCUUUCUUUUCUUUAAUAGAGCCAUUAGUUUAUUUAGAUUUUUUAUUGGGUUUUUUUCUUUUAUUAAUGCUGUACUUUUGGUUCAUUGGGAUCAAGACUCAAAAUAUUUCUCAUUCUCUUA